UGACUAUCCAAUUAAUUGCCUACCCCACACCCCCGCUCCGUAUUUCAAACCGCUCGGCUCAAAUUGGACACUACCUCUAAUGUAGGUAAUGUUGUUUGUGGUGACGUCAUUCCUGAGCCUCUCGGGUUCGGGCUGGGUUAUCCGGGUUCGGGCUCGCCACGGCCCACCUUUGGCUUUUGAAGUGUUAUUAUUGGCCAUUGUUUGCUCUGCAGAAUGGUCAGCGCCCACAUUUAACCCGCAGCCAUACCGGGUUCCCCGCUCUCUCGGUAUGACAGUUCCAUGUCGAAUUUCGCUCGCUUGUGAACAGCCCAAAUAAUAAGUAAUAACUAACUGCUAACCUUGCGAACCUUGCGAACCUUCCGAACCGAAC